AAAAAAAAAAAAAAAAAAAAAAAAACAAUCUCUCCCAUGGAAAAUUGCAGGAAAUCUCCAUUGAAGCCAUGGAAGAAGGGUCCGACAAGAGGCAAAGGUGGUCCGCAAAAUGCCAUGUGCGAGUAUCGAGGAGUUCGACAAAGAACUUGGGGCAAAUGGGUAGCAGAAAUUAGAGAACCCAAAAAAAGAAGUAGACUUUGGUUAGGUUCUUUUGCAACUGCAGAAGAAGCUGCCAUGGCUUAUGAUGAAGCUGCAAGAAGAUUAUAUGGACCAGAUGCUUAUCUCAAUCUUCCUCAUCUUCAACCUUCUUUAAUUAACAACAAAUCUAAUAACAGUAAUAAGUUCAAAUGGAUUCCUUCCAAGAAUUUUAUUUCCAUGUUUCCUUCUUCUUGCGGGUUACUUAAUAUUCAUGCACAACCUAGUGUGCAUGUUAUUCAUCAAAGACUUCAAGAAUUCAAGAAAAAUAGUAAUGUUUCUUCUUCUUCUUCUUCUGAUUCAAAGAUUAUAAUAACCGAAAAACCCCAUGUCGAGAAUCCUCCAUUAAUGGAAAAACAAGUGGAAAUAACAACAUCAGAGAAACCACAGAUUGACUUAAAUGAGUUCCUCCAACAAAUGGGUAUUAUAAAAGUAGAUAGGCAACAAGAAGAAGAAAGUGAUACAACAGAAAGCUGUUUGGUGCAAGAAUCUCAAGUAAAAGAAGAUGAGUUUUAUAAUAAUUAUAAUAAUAAUAAUAAUCUUGGAGCUCUAGCAGAUAAGAGUUUCAAUUGGGAUUCAUUGAUUGAUAUGCAUGGAAUUGGAGGUGGUGGUGAUUAUGAUCAAGGAGUAGAAUCAUCAGGCACUUUACAAGUUUAUGAUGCUCAAGAUGAGUUGGCUGCUUUCCCUGCUUCCAUCUGGAACUUCUAGAAGAGAUUUUGCUAGGUUGGAGAGAGAGAGAGAAAGUUCACUUGUCUCUGUCGUAGAAGCAAUGGAACUAAUUCGUUUGGCUUAUGCUUGCUAGCUAUAGUUUUCAUGAGCUUACGGUAUGUUUGUUUGUCUCAUAUUAAAAAGGUCUAUUUCUGUUUUUCCAUUUUAGGUUUUGCUCCUAUAUUUAUUUUUUUGGGCUUGUAACAUUGCAAAAGGAUUAAUUUUGUCUCGAGGGAAAUCUUUAAUGAUGAUUA